AUGGUGUCCGCGAGUGCAGCGCCGCGAGCCAGGAGAGCAAGCAAACCGAAGGUGAAGACGGGAUGCAACAACUGCAAGAACCGAAGAGUGAAAUGCGACGAGAAGAGACCGUUUUGUACAAAAUGCGUCAGGUCGGGCAGGCAAUGCGAGGGGUAUCCUGCGUACAGGAGAACGGGUGAGGCUGCUAUCCCUAUCGCUCCGCGACCUCGAGAGCAUAGCAGCAGUUCAAUCUCCUUGUCUUCCCAAUCGUCGCGGGCUUCACCACCAUCGAGAACGCCGCCAUCAAUCGCCUCAUCGUCGACAGCUCCAUCAUCCAUAGCCUCAUCAUCACCUCCAUCCACCACCGACGGGGACGUCGUGCGCGCCUUCCAACGAGCUCGACCCAUCGCUUCUACACACGUCAUUCCCAAACCUUCCCAGCCCGCGUACCUCUCUCCCACAUCAUAUAGACCUGGAGGGUAUGCAUUCGGUGAAAGGGAGGGCCAGUACUUCCAAAUCUUUCGUACACAUACGGCCAGCGAGCUUUCCGGGUUCUUCGACUCCGAAUUCUGGACACGCAGCGUCCUCCAAGAGAGCCAUUCAGAAGCUUCCAUAAGGCAUGCAGUAGUCGCGUUGGGAGCUUUAUACAAGACGUUGGAAAAGGCUUCAGAAUCACCGCCUGGGUCACCCGAAUCCAAUUACAGCAUCGAUACUGCUCCGAACCAUUAUAACUUCGCACUGGUACAAUACGGCAAGGCCAUCACGCGGUUACGGGAAUCCCUACAGAACAAUGAGACGCGAUCGCAACGGACCAUCCUGAUAUCUAUUGUUCUCUUCACCUGUUUCCAAUCUUUUACCGGGGACCAUAGGGCAGCCAUAUCUCAAAUACAGUCGGGACUUCGUCUCCUGGACGAGUGGCGGCAUGAGGCCAAGAAACCGCCGAGCAAACGUCGCGAGGACGUGGUGGAGGAUGAGCUCGUUCAGAUGUUCACCCGCCUUGCGAUUCAGGCCAAAUCUUACGACAUGGCCUUCCACUUUCCACCCCCCUAUGUCAUCCAACUCUCUCCCAAACCCAGAUCGUCUGCGGCCAAUUCGCCGUCCUCCCCAUCCGAUGCCGCUUCUACCACCUCUCUCGAAUCCCCCCCGAUACCAGAUUACUUCACAACCCCCAAGGAAGCCCGGUCAUCACUUGAUUCGUUAUGUGAGCGAAUCAUGCGCUUCAACGAGACGCUGUCUUCGUUUUACGCUGGUCCAAAUAACAUACUCCCCUCUUCCAUCAAGAGCUAUGGUCUCGGGUUCAGAACCCAGCUACAACAGUGGGGCGUGGCUUUCGACCAACUGCUGCAAGGCCGCCGCCGGCCCGGCAUCAGCAAUACCGAGCGCGCCGGCAUCGACGUCCUGAAGAUGAUACAUGCUAUGACAUCAAUCCUCUUCCUCAUGGGGUUCAGCACCUCGGAGAUGGAUUUUGACGGGUUCAUGCUCCAAUUCCGGGAGAUUGUCGAGCUCGCAAAAGAAGUCGUUGUCGAGGAAGAAUUGGCCCUCGCCCAGGCCAGAUGCGGCGAUUUGAAUAACUGCCGACAUAGAGAUCCUUCCCACGGAGCUAGCCAGAUGCACUUUCCGGGGAUGGCUACUACAUAUGGAUAUAGGGAGAGGGAUGCCUACUCCCACAUCAAAGCUUCGUUCGCCCUGGACCUCGGCAUCAUCCCGCCUCUCUUCGUCGCCGCAACCAAAUGUCGCGAUCGUAGACUACGUCGUGAUGCCAUUAGUCUUCUGAUAUCAACUCCACGACGUGAAGGAAUGUGGGAUAGUCUCCUCUGUGGGAGGGUCGCACAGUGGAUCAUGGAGGUCGAAGAAGAGGGUAUGAGCCGGUUUGAAAUCCGGGACCCCAUCUCUACGAGUGAAACAGUGGCCGAAGACAAGAGGGUCAUGGUCAAGGAGAUCUUGUUCGAUCUGCAGAAGAGGGAGGCGACGCUCCGAUGUGAGACUCGGGGAGCGAGGGAGAAUGAUGCAGAUCCUCGGGCGAGAGAGACGCACAUCUUCUGGUGA